AUGCGCACAUUCAAGACUGAGGCUAGUAGCCUGACGGGUAGCGAGUUGUUGUCUGUGCUGAUCCGGGCGGACGGCAGCCAGACGAAGGUGGACGAUUGUGUGGCACAGGUAGUCACGAUACGCGCGGGUGGGGGCGGCGAGGUGACGGCUUUGGCGUUGGCGCCCAAGACGGCGUUUCAGGAGCCUGUCGGCGAGAGUUGGAGACGGCCGUCGACGGCGAUGGUGGAGGGCGACUGGUUCGAACAGUGGGGCCGGCUGAUGGUGUGGCGACCGAAGGAGGGGCCUCCGAACGACAAGCGCGCGGAGGCGGCGCUACUGACGGCGCUGCAGCGCCGGCUGGAGAGAAUGGGACCUCGGGACAAGCCGGAGGCGGUGGAGGCGUUGUGUCGCGAAGUCUUUGGUGAACGCUUGCAUGAGCUGCACGCCAUCCUGAACGGGAGUGGCGAGAUGCAGGACGACCACGACCUCACCGUGGAUGUGACGCGGCCGAUAGAUCCGUCGGAGUUGGCGGAGCUCUUGGCGCGGGUGCCCAAGGACUGGAUGCCGGUGCUGCAAAGGUCGGUGGAGUGGAACACUGCGCACUGGAAGACACAGGGCUGGAACGACGGCGGGAACAUGGAGACACUGGCGAAGCCCGGAUGCGAAACGAAGCGCUGUCUGUACACGACCGCGGGCGUUCUGGGGUUCGGCGCGGCCGUUGGGUUCCUUGCGAGCUUGCUGCGUCCCGUCGAAUCGCCGCAGCGGCAGGUGACGGGAGAACAGUCUGGGACGUACGAGCAGUUGAGCGACGCCCGGGCCGCGGUAGUCUGGAUGUUGGGGGACCCGGUCCCGGUGGCACCAUGCGGCAGCGGCAUUUUGCUCUGUAACGCGGGGUGUAAGAACUCCGGCAACGGUCCUUGGCCCAUCUCCUUCGGCAGCCCCUGGCCGGCCUCGUUCCCGCUCGUCUGGAAUACGGCUCACGAAUUGGCACCAACGAAGUGCCAAGUCCUAUGUCAUACACCCGAAGAAACGAGGACCUCAUUCGACGCACGACUCCUUAAUAACUUCCCCCUUCAGCCUCCGUUCAACGAUACGGCCAUGUCGCGUGAGGAGGUACUCGAGCAAAUACUCGCAGCACGAACUCUCCGCCGCACAGGUUGGGGAGCGGCGUGGCAAACCGUCGGUAUGCUCUCCGACUAUAACUGCGACCUGGCCAACGUCACGUGCGAGGUGAUGACCAAGAGUGACCAAGCGAAGAGCAAUGUCACACUCACCGACUUGGAAGCGCCCCUGGCCAGGGUUGCCGGCUCCUUUGCUGACUACCCGGAAGACAUCUACGACGUCUCCAAUUGCGCUUACGACUGCUGGCAACUGACUCCAGAAGCUAAACGGAUCAUAGACGCAAAUAAAAUCGCAGGAGCAACCCGCCAGACCACCAGUACCACCCCCAGCAUGCGUACCACCUCCAGCAAACGUGCUCGUCCAACCUCCAAAAAGCUUACCAGGAAGGACGUGAAGUAUAUCCGUCUUCAUAUUGGUUGA